AUGAGGAAGAAAACCAAUCCAAAACCAUCAAAGAAAUUGAAAAAACUUGUAAUCAUUGCAGCAUGUGUGUUUCCAUUGUAUUUAGGAUAUCUGUAUUAUCAAUACACCCUCAGAUGCCAAGAUCCUCCAAAAAUCGAACAAGUUUGCAAAAAAACGGAUAUCUCACUCAAGCAAUUUCAUAACAAAAUAUGCAUUACAGCCUCAUUACUAACACGUGUACCGCAUCCUACAGUUCCUUAUCAUAAAUUAUUUUCAAUGAAUAUUUCAAAUGAUUUCUUUACAGAAAUCUAUUCGAGUUCUGAUUUCGAGACAGUUUCUGGGUCAUACUCACAAACUCAAUUUUGUGUUUAUCACCAAUUUCCUCAAUAUUUUAAUCUUUCUCUCUCAUGUAACGGAGAAAAUAUUUACAAUGACACCAUUCACAUUAUUGAGGCAGAUCUAUCAAAUGAAGGAUCUAGUAAUGUUCGUCUCAAUGAUGGAACAAUGCUUGUUUUAAGUGAUUUUUGCCUCGAUAAAAAUGAUAACAUUCUUUUCGUUUCAAAGCACCAUAUAGAUGCAAAACCUAUUUCACUUUCCCAUAAUAAGAACGUUACACUCAAUAUCAGACCGAGAAAAUCUGUUAAAAAUUGGAAUCUUGAUAAAUGGACGACAGUUUUCUCCCAUUUUCCGAAAACAGAGUGUUGGAUGUCAAUAAUGAGUUCAUUGCUUCCGCUUUGGAAGGGGAGCAUUGAAGAUAACCACGGAAUUAAGCUUCGAAAAUUCGGUAUGACAAAAGACGAAGCUGAAAUUUACAUGAGAAUGAGCCCGGACUUCAGAAAUAGCAAUGCAAAGCAAUGCUUUGGCUAUGGAGUUUUUCCAAAAUCACAAAAUCUUCUUGAUCUGAAUUAUUUCCAUUUAAUUUACGAUGCAACUCUAUCGUAUGAUUCAAAUACUGUCAAAAGAUUCAGAGAAAAUAUCACAAAAACGACAAGGCAUCGAGAUAGAAUUCUCAUCGAUAAAUAUUUUGCAAAAGAUAAUCAAGAUAUUGUUAACCUGCCUGAUUUCGAUGUAAUAAUACUUAAUGAAAGUCUUCCACUCUACAAAAUUGCAGACCUUAUGCAUAGUUCUAGUAUUUACAUAUUUUCUCAUCUUACAACAGCUGUUUACGGAUUAUUCCUUGAUCCUUCAUCAAUGAUGAUCGAAAGGAAAAUGAUUGGCGCUGGAUGUUUAGAUUAUGGAAAAAGAAUUUCAAAUUUAGUCGGUUCCAAAUACAUGGAAGUAGGCAAAACAGAUGAAGAGUGCACAAUUCCUAGCUUAGAGAAAUAUAUUGUUCAAGAACCAAAGUUUUCAAACAAAAAUUGCUUAAAAGAGAUUAAAGAAAAGAUUGGAUUGUAA